GCGAUGCAUUUUGGGAAAGCAGCAGCACCAGAUCCAAGAUGGCGGCCAGCAGGAGGCUGAUGAAGGUAAAAGCCAUUCUCUGGCGCUGGCCAGGCGGGGGGCGGCGUCCCCGGGCCGGGACCCCUACGGCGGGCCGCGGUUCCUUGGGGCGACGCCGUUCUUCAUCCCUCAUUGCGUGGCCCCGCUGUGCCGCGUGCGGAGAGAUCUAACGGGGCCGCCUAGGCCGCAGCCUGGGCGGGAGCGCAAGGCCGCGCUGAGAGCCGCCGCUGCCGGCCCUUCGGAUCAGCCUGGGCAGUUCUCGAGCCCCCUCCUCCUGGAGCGAAGCCGGGCCCUCCGUCGCAGCGGCCGCGGUCCGGGUCGAGGACGCCGUUGAUGUGUGGGCCGGGCCUGGAGGCCCCAAGCUGGGCGCCCUCGGGGAAGAAAGCCGGAGCCCCGGCUGGGAGUACGCGCCGCGGAGCCGCCCGGUCCUGGGCCGCGGUCGCCGUUCUCUGAGCCCCAUUCCGCCAGCCCACAGCUCCGGGACCGGGAGGCUGCGAGGCCCGAGACGGGAAAGGAAGGAGGAGGGCAGGCGGCCAAAGUUAGGAGCUUGAAGAGAUCCGCAAAUGUGGAAUGAAAAACUUCCGUAACAUCCAGGUUGAUGAAGCUAAUUUAUUGACUUGGCAAGGGCUUAUUGUUCCUGACAACCCUCCAUAUGAUAAGGGAGCCUUCAGAAUUGAAAUCAACUUUCCAGCAGAGUAUCCAUUCAAACCACCCAAGAUCACAUUUAAAACAAAGAUCUACCACCCUAACAUCGAUGAGAAGGGGCAGGUCUGUCUGCCAGUCAUUAGUGCUGAAAACUGGAAGCCAGCCACCAAGACUGACCAAGUAAUCCAGUCCCUCAUAGCACUGGUGAAUGACCCCCAGCCUGAGCACCCACUCCGGGCUGACCUAGCUGAAGAAUACUCUAAGGACCGUAAAAAAUUCUGUAAGAAUGCUGAAGAGUUUACAAAGAAAUAUGGGGAAAAGCGACCUGUGGACUAAAAUCUGCCAUGAGUGAUUCCAGCAAGUUUGAGCAGAGACCCCGAGCAGUGCAUUCAGACACCCCGCAAAGCAGGACUCUGUGGAAAUUGACACGUGCCACCAACUGGCGUCCGCUUGUGGCAGUUACUAACUUUCUACAGUUUUCUUAAUCAAAAGUGGUCUAGGUAACCUGUAAAGAAGGAUUAAAAAAUUCAGAUGUUCUAGUUCUGCUUGCUUUGUUUUAAAAAUCACUGCUUUAGUCUACUUCAAAAGAAUGGCAUUUCUUUUCUUGCCCAAAUUUACUCAAAGUUGCAGUUAGCCCAGAAGGUUUAAAGAAAAAGGUUGUUGUGGUUUCUUCCCCCUUCCCCUCUCCCCACUUUUCGAUUCCCACUUCCACAGACCAAGGCCCCAGCUCCCCACAGAGGUGGCCGCAGCACUGACAACGUUUCCUGUGCCAACACUGCCUGUGGGUAAUGAGUAGCUCACGCACCCCAUUCCAGCUUAGUGAUGUCUUUAAAAAAUUAUAAAACAGUAUCAAUGCCCUGUCCCAAAGGAACAUCCAUGCAAACAAAGAGAAGCCGUCUUUACGUAAAAUUUUAGCAAAGGGUUUCCACAAUAAUAAUAGACCCGACAGACAGACCCCCAUGGUCCCUAUCUGUAGUCAGACUGUGCUGGCUGGGUCUCUGCAGGGAACCUGUUAUAGCAGGUUUGUGGUGACCUUGGAGGGAGGGUCUGCCAGCAGAGAAUACAGUGCGCUUGUGUGAUGGACUUCUCACAGUCAGCAGCCCUUCCUGAAGCUGUGGUAGACCUGGUCAUCACAGACCAAAAAAAAAAAAAAAGGCCAGAAUAUUCUUUUGAAAUUUCAAGCUUCUCUACCACCAAGCUCUGAUAGGAUGUGCCAAGGAGAGCUCCCACUCCUGAGCACAGCAGGCCACCACUGCCACCCUCCUCACGGCUUACCCUCAGCGGGGUCAGCCACGAUGGCUCUGCCUCUCUCAGAGCAGCUGCUGGGACAGCCCAGGAACAGGGUGGCUUUUCCCUCCCUCUGGACUCCAAACCUUUCCAGUCCGGCUCCACUUGAAGCUCACUCAAUAUCCUUUCAGUGUGUUUUAUAUUGUUUUGAUUGCCUUUUUUUUGUAGAAAUAAAAUUUGAGCUUAGAAUUUAUCAUCAAAUGAACUCUGUCAAGAUUUGAAUGUUAAAUGUCUUUUCAAGGGAAGUGGGACGGACUGUCCUUGACGCAGUAGUGACACCCUGAGGAAGCUGAUGGCCUGACUGCCCAUGUUCACCAACUCACUUCUGCUACUAGGGGUCUAAUCCUGUGGAGAAGAUUGCCUCAAGAAACCUUGCUUUCUGCUUUAACCUUAGUUCUAUAACUUCCGGGCUACCUAGGCUUACAGACUUGGGAGACAGCUCUGGGUUUUGCCUAUAAAAGAAGUAAGACAUGUCCUCUCAGGCAGUGUAACACUAUUUAGUUUUCCAAGUGUUUGGCUCCUGUGAUGCAUAAAUGAACUAUGCUUUAGUUCAAGUUAUGCAUGGGGCAGGUUUCUGGAGACUUCCAUAUGCCCAGGAUGGUCAGAGCCCUGGGCCUGUGUUUCUACAUCUGUCUCUUCAUUGGCAGAAAAGUGACAAUGGAUUUUAUUUCACUCAUAUUCAGAUUUGUAAUAAAAUGCCAAACUCUGUCAGAAUUGUCGAAGCAAACCACCAUUUUGUUCAUGUUGCUUUUCUGAAUCUAGAGAUAGUCCAGCUGUCUCAUUGCUUAGCUCUACCUGCCUGUUACCCGUCACUGCUCUCUGCUCACUAUGGGAGGGUACUCUUAUGCCAGCAGCCCCUCUCAGGGACUCUCAGCCCCAUUGUUGACAACCAUGGCCUGCCCUGCCUUGGAGUCAGUGGUGUCCCUCUGGGCUUGCAUGCCUUGUCCUGUCCAGCCCUGCCCUGAGCAGGCUUUGAGCAAGGUGGCAGGGAGACCUGUGGAGCAGCCACCCACGCCUGACCCAAGCUGGCUCAGGAAUCCACAUCCCCCUGGUUCCUUGAAGUGCCCGGGUCUCGUCCUGCUCUUCCCACAAUGGCAGAGAAUAGGCUUUCUAAGAUGCUGUGACCCCAUUCUGUCCUUAAUAAAAAUGUUCUCAGACAUUA